AAUUUAACUUUAACCAUUUGUUGGUAUAAUCGUCUGAUAAACACUUGACGAGCUUUUGCCCCUCUUUACCAUCUUAACCAUUUCUAUGGAUUCCUAUUGUUAUGUUUCUAUUAUUAUUUUAAUUGUUUCAACUUAAUCAUGAUUAAUUCACUUGUAAUUCAUUGUAAGUCACACUUUACCUUUAUCAUCAUCUUCAUCAACAAUAGCUACUAAAACGGAUACAAGCAACUCUGCUUCAAGCGUUUCCAAGCGUUUCUUUAACCGUGUUUUUCAUUUUCUCACAUUUGCAAAUGAUUGCUUUAUUUAACCAUAAUUUGUUUAACAAUUUAAUCACAUCGCUCUUCUCAUCAACAAUCAUUUAAAAUGUUCAUCACCAUAUUUGUAUCAUUAUGUAUUUGUAUGACAACAUCAGCUGCAGACUCGACUACUCCUGAAUGGGAUGAAGUGCCAUAUGACUUGAAUCUGGGUUUAGGAGAUUCAAUAAAGAUUAACUGCUCAGCUCAUGGAACACCUGAGCCUAUAAUCAGAUGGUCAAAGAUCACUCAUCAAGACACAGGAGAGAGCAGUACAGUAAUUUUAACAGGAUCAUCUCAUUUAAUCCUUGAUCCAGUUAAAUUAAGUGAUGAUGGACAAUAUGAAUGCAAAGCAACAAACCCUAAAAAUCAACAAUCAAUCAGUAAAACAUUUAAGAUUAAAGUCUUUGAUAUUCCUCGAUUCAUAAGCAAAACAAGUCGAGUUACGGCACUUCGUGGAGCCACGGCCGUUUUAACAUGCGAAGUAUUUGGAGGUAAACCAAUCACAAAUUCUUGGUUUCGGGAAUUAGCUGGUAAAUUAGAGUCGAUUGAGUGUUCAACAGGUCAACCGCAUUCAUCAGCAUCUCGUUAUUCAGUCGUUGAAAAGGAUAGUUCAUAUGAAAGUGAAAGUAAUCGAAGUGUGUUUGAGCUUCACAUCAGUGAAGUUGAGCUCAAUGAUUCAGGUUCAUACAUUUGCAAAGCAUCCAAUGAAUUUGGAAAGGACCAGAAAACAAACAUUUUAACUGUCCAAGAUCUGCCGUCAAGUCCUGCAAAUAUUGUCAUUGAUGAAAUAUUUACUCGAACAGUAUCUCUUCACUGGACUGCUGCUUCUGACAAUGGAAGCCCAAUUAAACGAUAUUUGGUUCAAUAUUGGCAAGGCGCUACAACAAGUAAUACCAACAAAUUGUUUGAAGAGGAUGCGUCAUUGAAAUUAUCUUACCAAUUAUAUGAAGAACUGGACCCCGGAGUGACCUAUUCAAUUAGGGUGGUUGCUGAAAAUUCACUGGGUAAAGGCUUGCCAUCCAAGACCAUAGCAUUUACAACCAAAGAGGAGAAACCUGAUGGUGCACCAAUCGACAUUCAAGUUGAAUCAAAAGGUACACAGACAAUUGAGGUGGUCUGGAAAGCACCGUUUACAAAUCACUGGCGAGGUCGACUCAAAGGCUAUAAUUUGGCAUAUCGAGAGCUUAAACCGGAUGAAGAUACGACUUCAUCAUCAACCAGUUAUCCAACUACCAAUGUAGACAUUAAAUUUGAUGGUGAUGCAGCUCAAAGUUAUCAACAAAAAACCACAAUUAAAAAUUUGAAAGCUAAAACAAGUUAUCUAAUUAUGAUACGAGCUUAUAAUGACGCUGGUUUUGGUCCGUUUUCAGCGCCAAUUACUGUGGAAACAGCACAUCUUGAUCCUCCAAAACCACCAAAAAUACGCAUUGCUGAUAAAAAAGCUUCUAGUCUGUUGGUUAAACUGGAUGAAAGUGAAGUCAACAAUGAUGUUGAUUAUUAUAUCAUUUAUUUCAAAGAGGAAAAUUCAUCAUGGUUACAUCGGUCGUUUCCGAAAUCAAAAUCUAACGACUAUGAACUUGACAAUUUAAAAAGUGGAACUUGGUAUGAAAUUUAUAUGGUCAGUGAAUCUGAUGCUGGAUCAAGUGAACCUAGUAAAAACAUCAUGAUUAAAACACUUGAAGAUUCCUAUCAACCAGUUACUGAACCCAGCUAUGAUGAUCUUAGAAGUGCUCAAUACUAUGGUUCCUUUAUCGUUAUCCCAAUCGCAAUCACAAUCAUCAUUGUGGUCAUCGUCUGUGCUGUUGCUUAUGUAUUUGUUUACAUUGAAGGGAAAAAGACUGAUAUUUUAGCAUCUAAUUACAUGACUCACACACCAGCUCAAAAUUUUCAAUAUAUUGGUCCACUUUCACCUCAAUCGGGCUCACUUCAUCAUCCAACAAUCAUGUCCACUGAUAAUAGCGUACUCAGUUUACAUCGCUAUGCCAAUGACACUAUUGGUCGAAGUCAACCUUUAUUAACGAGAACUUUACUGCCUAAAGGCUCAGAGACUAUGAAAUGUUACUAUCAUAAGCGACCAAUAAUGGGUGAUACUGUUAAUCAAGAGUAUGCAACGCCUUAUGAGACCAGAAUUUACCGUGAAAGAAGUUCAUCUUUGCCUCCUGUACCGCCAGUACAGGAUAAUCAACGAAUGAUUGGAACAAUGGAUAGAUCCAGGAAUCUUCCUUCUCAACAUAUUUAUAUGAAUGGAUCUCAUAGCUCAUUGGCAUCCAUUACUGAUUUUACUAGAAAACCAGAAAAUGUUGACGAUAGCAAUACGCGAUAUGAUUAUUUCAACUUUUUGUAAAUUUCAAAUUUCCAUUGGAUUGUACAUUUUUUUACCUCUAAUCCUGUUUAUUAAUAACCAGCUGUGAUAAUCAAUUUUUGGUUCGAAAUGGACAUUAAACAGUUGCACAUCGAAAAAACAAAUUGCUGAAUGUAAACAAUUUUAGUUUGCUAGAAGCUAUCAGUGUAUAAAACCUAUUUUUUGUACGUUGAUUGUCAAGUCUAUUCAAAAAGCUACUUAAUCGGACAAUGGCAGUCAAUCAAACAAAUGUUUCCCUUCACACAAGCCAAUCAAGUUGGGAAUUAUCAACAAAUGUAAUUGAGACUGAAAUAUUGGAUCAUUCAAUGUUGCUGUUUAUGAUAUUUUACAAUGAAUGGGUAACAAUAUCUUCUGGAUUCUAUUCAGGACGAUCUCAUUGUCUAUUGAGAAAUCCAAAAGAGUUUAAAGUGGAAAGAUUGAUUGAAAGGAAAGUGAAGAUUACCAGACAAAACCAGGAAACAGCCAGAAAAGACAAUCAUUGUGAUGAUUUCUGAUAUUUAUAUUUUUAUCUUUCCGAAUAACUGGAUUCGAUAUGAAUUUUUUUAAUUUUUACCAGCAAAAAUUUGAAAAACAAAGCACAUUAAAGCUUGUUAAUUACUGAAAAA